AUGGGAGGUGCGGCCGAGAAGUGGAGACCCGGCCGGGGGCGGCGUCCCGGCUGGGGCACACACGCGGGCGGGGUUGACGGGGGCGCGAGCUGCGGCCGGGACCCGGGUGGCAGCGGGGGCCCUGGCAGCGGCGGGCGGGCAGCAGCCGCAGCACCCAGCGCACCGCCCGGCACCUCCGGGCUGGGACUCCGGCUGCGCGACCCGGACGCGUUCAGGAGCAGCCUCCGCCUCUGCAGCAGCAGCUCCUGGCGCCGUUGCCGCCGCCGCUGCUGCAGCUGCUGCCACAACCCCCGCCCCGGGCCCGGGCGCCGCCAGCAGCGGACCCGCCCCCGGCCGCAGCUCCACCCCCGCGGGGGCGUGGCGCGGCCUCGGCGAGCCAGGCGCGCGGGCCGCCAACGCGGCCACAGCAGCCAGGCGCGCGCUAGGCGCUCGCGGCCGCACCGGCGCCACCCCCGCGCCGCCGCCGCCACUGCCGACUCGGCGCUCACUUUAAUUCCGCGCGGAGCCCCGGCGCUCGGGGGCGCCUCGCUCCCCACCCCCUCCCCAUCCCACUGGGGCUCUUGGCCUGGGAGACCCCCGCCCCGACGACCCUGCUUUGUGUGGUGGCCCCGUCACCACCGCUGCCCCGGCACGUCACAAAUCCGGGGAGAGGCCCGCCGACCGGUAGCUCCCAACUCGGAGAAGGAGCCUCCCCGGGAAGCCACCGGCAGCCGCCCGGUUCCCGCCCUGCUGGGCCGCGCGAGUCUUGCGCGCCAACCCCGGGGCGCUCUGGAGAACCCGCUCGUUCCGAGGCCGGCGACUCUCGGGAUGCCUCCCCUGCGAAAGAUUUGGAGCAACAAAGAUGGUACAGCGCAAGGGACCAUCUGGUUUAAAGGAGACUCUUAAAGCCAAGCCAGUGGGAGACUGUUCCUUUAUCUGCUGCUCCUGAACAAAGUGGGAAGUUCUUGCCACUGGAUCAUCAGAGAAGCUAAGCUACUGGUGUUUAUUCUCAUGAAGUUAAGGUCUCGGUGAGAUCUCUUACUGACUUACAGUUGGGCUUCCCUGAUAGCACAGAUGGUAAACAUUCUGCCUGCAGCGCCAGAGACCCGAGUUUGAUCCCUGGGUUGGGAAGAUUCACCUAGAGAAGCGAAUGGCUACCCACAAAGAGCGGACACAACUGAGAGACUAACACACACUAGGCCCAAAGUAAGAGGGUUUUGAACAGUUCACUCGAACUAAAAAAAUUCGUUUAUAUUUAUUUUCAGAGAAAAGACUUGUUUACCAGGAACUUGGGUAAGUCAAAUAAUGGUGUGGGAGCAUAAGAAAACUUGGAAACACACAGCCCACAGUGGCCAGUGAGACUCAGUUCAAUUCAAUCGCUCAGUUGUGUCCAACUCUGCAACCCCAUGGACUGCAGCAUGCCAGGCUUCCCUGUCCAUCACCAACUUCCGGAGCUCACUCAAACUCAUGUCCAUCGAGUCGGUGAUGCCAUUAUGAGGAUUCAUCUCAAGAAUCCUCAUAAUUAUCUCUUAGUUGGCUGGGAAGCUUUUGCACAGCUGGUUGUCUGGAGUAAGAGAUUUACCUCAUGGGAUAAAUCCUAUCUUAGGUCGUGCACCGUCCUUUAACAAAUUGUUAAUGUCUCUCUGGAACCCAUAUGCCCUCUCUGAGCUAAAAGAGUAAACAGAUGCAUCAGCCUCA